UUAUUUUGCAAUUUCUUGAAUUAUUUUCAGUAAAAUGAAAGCCGUCGUGUUUAUCGCUGUUGCCAGUUUAAUAGUAAAUAUAGUGAAAGCAGUGGAGCCGAAACAAUUGAAUCUAGCCCUCGAAACAGUCCUUCAAUUUGACAAGAAAGACCGAGCAGCCGACCUAGCCGUCCUAGACAAGGUGAAAGAUUUCCUAGAUAAUAUUAAAAAUGCCAUGCAAACCAGUGGUAGGAGAAACAGCGGAAACGAUAUAACAUUCACGGAUUUCAUUUUUAAAGCUGCUAAAAUUCUAAAAAGUCUGAAAGACGAUGUACUCGAAGAAGCAUACGUUGUUAUCAAUGAUGAAUCAAAAAGAUAUAUUAACAAAGAUAAUGAGUUAAAAGAGCUAUUCGAAGAUAAUGAUAUGAGGAGGUACGUUUCUGAGAAAUUAGACGAUAACAAGGAGAUGACAGCUAAUGACUUGCGUAGGCAUAUAGAUGCAGUAAUUGCCCUCAUAGAAAAUAAACGAGAAGCUGGAGGAAAUACUGACUUACUUGAAAUUGGGAAUACUUUGUAUGAAGGUGCUAGUGCUAAAUUGAGGGAAGCACUUAGUGACCUUAAGAAAUUGAGAAGAGGUAAUGAAUAUAAUACAGGGAACUUGUUAAGAAGAGGACUCGCGUCGCUUGCAUUUUUGCAUUAUGAAUCGCUCGGUAAUGAUGUAAAAACUCAAUUUAAAAAAUUGGUCAAUAAUUAUUUGCGAACAUAUAUUGCAAACAAUGGACCCAAUGGCUUACGCAACUACGUAACUACUACUAGGCGUACGACAAAUCAAUGGGAAACACGCAAACAUAGAUAUUACGAUAAAUUUACAGCACACACAAAAAAGACAUAUUUACCAAAAAAAAUUAACGAUUUUAAAAACGAACCUUUUAAAAAACUAGAGAUUUUCGUAUCUAAUGACGAUUUAAAGACGUUGAUUGGUAUGAAUGAACCACAAACAUAUCAACCACAAUCAAAUCAAAAUUCGUAUUCCUCAUUUCUCUCUCCGUCGGGGGCUAAAUACAAACCACAAUCAAAUCAAAAUUCGUAUUCCUCAUUUCUCUCUCCGUCGGGGGCUAAAUACAAACCACAAUCAAAUCAACAUUCGUAUUCCUCAUUUCUCUCUCCGUCGGGGGCUAAAUACAAACCACAAUCAAAUCAAAAUUCGUAUUCCUCAUUUCUCUCUCCGUCGGAGGCUAAAUACAAACCACAAUCAAAUCAACAUUCGUAUUCCUCAUUUCCCUCUCCGUCGGGGGCUAAAUACAAACCACAAUCAAAUCAACAUUCGUAUUCCUCAUUUCUCUCUCCGUCGGGGGCUAAAUACAAACCACAAUCAAAUCAACAUUCGUAUUCCUCAUUUCUCUCUCCUUCGGAGGGUAAAUACAAACCACAAUCAAAUCAACAUUCGUAUUCCUCGUAUUCCUCAUUUCCCUCUCCUUCGGAGGCUAAAUACAAACCACAAUCAAAUCAACAUUCGUAUUCCUCGUAUUCCUCAUUUCCCUCUCCUUUGGAGGCUAAAUACAAACCACAAUCAAAUCAACAUUCGUAUUCCUCGUAUUCCUCAUUUCCCUCUCCGUCGGGGGCUAAAUACAAACCACAAUCAAAUCAAAAUUCGUAUUCCUCAUUUCUCUCUCCGUCGGGGGCUAAAUACAAACCACAAUCAAAUCAACAUUCGUAUUCCUCGUAUUCCUCAUUUCUCUCUCCGUCGGGGGCUAAAUACAAACCACAAUCAAAUCAAAAUUCGUAUUCCUCAUUUCUCUCUCAGUCGGGGGCUAAAUACAAACCACAAUCAAAUCAACAUUCGUAUUCCUUAUUUCCCUCUCCGCCGGGGGCUAAAUACAAACCACAAUCAAAUCAACAUUCGUAUUCCUCGGUGCUUUUGCCGUCGCAGGUUAAAAAUAAACCAUAUCUAAGUCAAAACAAACCACAUGACAGAUGGCGUUAUUCAAAUAAAGGUAAACACAAGAAGAAUCUCCGAACCAGUAAACAAGAGUCAACUGAAUCUGCUGAAUCGGAAGAAAAGGUUUUAAUGGGUGGGCAAAAUACUCGAGACCCUGAAAUAACUUCUAAUGAGUUUUCUAGAGAUAGAGUAGAAGACGAGACUAGUACAGAGGAGAUACUAAUACAGCACAACAAUGUUAUCGAUAUUGGGUUGUCUCGGAAGACACCAGGACGUUUCAACAUAACUUUUGUUUCGCCAGACAAUUUCAGAAUCAGCGAUGAAAGACAAAUUUUAAGAAAACGUAACGCAAACGAUUCGUUUGCAGUGGAUACUAGUCCAGGAUAUAUCGAUGUCGUAGAUACAAUGAUUAAGCAUAUAGAAGAAGAAAUAGAAGCAGUAAAAGACCAGGUCGAAUACGUAAAAAAUCUAACUCACUCAAAACGCAUAGAAAGUACAGAAAGUAACAGAAUGGAAAAUGUUACUGAUGCUGAAGCAUUGGAAUCCAACAAUACGUUCUCAUUUAGAGCUCAAUAUGAUGCAGAUGCAUCUAAUUCUUCAGAAACAGAUACUAACCGUAAUAAAACAAAUGAAAAUAUUACUGAGAUUACAUCUACAAAUGUCUCUGACACAACAAUCGCAAACGAGGAAAAGGAAAUAGCACAUGAAGAGAAUACAUCAGAAAAUUCGAAAAAUAAUAAUGUUGACAUCGACAAAUCAAAGAAAGGAGAAUCGGUUGAAGUCAAUGAUACCCAUUAUGUCAACGAAGAUAAUCAUAGACAAGACGAGACUUCUAUGUCACCAAAUGAAAAAGAUAAGGCUGAAGAUAGCACUGCAUUUAAUACAGUAGUAGAAGUAGGAAACAACUCUGCUGCCGCAUAAAUUGUGGAGGCAGGCAUUACUGCGAGGAAGAAGCGAGAUAUAAGCGAAUAACAGCAAAUAUACUAAUGUAG